GCCACCAUGCCACGAGCGACUUCCUCAUUCUGAUGUGAUCUUCAUCAAGGGUCUGGCUCGACGCGUCGUCACGGAAGAGAUCAUUAACUUCACACCAGCGGCCGUGCAAUUGAAUCUGACAGGUCGCAUUCGAGGUUUUUCUCAUUUCGCCGACUGACUUUGGGCCAAUCAGCGAUCCUUCCGUAGCCUUGAGACAAACGCAAGGAGUCGUGUGUGAUUCUUCCCCCGCAUUGCACAUCAACGCCGCGUCCGCGAUACCUUGUAGGCUGUGCGCAAUACCCACAGCAUGGCCGACACAGACGCCGCGGCCAAAGAAGCGGCCAUCAAGGCGCGGGUCGUCGCGCACAUGAACAAGGACCACGCUGGCGAGCUGGAGCUCUACCUGCGCGCCUUCAACGGCCUCCCGGCCUCGGCCGCCGCCAGGCCCCAGAUCACGGACAUGUCGCUCGGUGCCCUGACCAUCAGGUCGGCGUCCGGCACCCACACCGUCGCCAUCGACCCCCCGCUGCCCAACUGGGGCGCGUCUCGGGUCAAGCUGGUCGAGAUGGCGCAGACGGCCUUGACCAAGCUGGGCCUGAGCGAUAUCAAGAUCGACCGGUACGCGCCGCCUGCGGGGCUCGAUCUCGUCGUCUUCUUCGGUAUCGGCCUGUACGUCGUCUGUGCCGCGACCUUGGGCUUCGUGAGACCGGGAACGGCGCCCUGGAAUCUCCUGGACGCGUUCUUCCCGUUCGGGGCCGAGGGGUAUCGGUGGCUGGUCAAGGCCAUCUUCGUCCCGUUCGUCGUGAUCCAUGUCACCGAGUCCUGGUGGAUGGCGAGCACCAGGUUGGAGAAGCACCGCGUGCCGAAGGGCGGGAAGGUCUGGUGGCUUUGGACGAUUUCUCCCUCCCUUGAGGGUGUCAUGGCUUUCAAGAGGUUCGAUAGACUCGUCGAAACCGAGAGGAAGAAGAAGGACGCCGCGAAGCAUUAGGUCAUUCUAUGCCUACGGCGGAAGAACUAGAUGUAAGAAAUCCUGCGUAUGCUUCUGCUGAAAACGGAUAUGGGCUUUAAUCAUGGCUCUCUGAGACACUCGAUCCUACAAGAGAACCACGUUGUGUAUAAGCCCUCCAGGGCCAUUUUUUACAAGCUUGUACCGUUGCCUCAUGAAUACGGCGGUGGCUAAACACUAAUACUUCUUUUUUUUUUCUUUUGGUACUGCAACAAGAAUGGCAAGGUAUCUACACAUUCAGUCCUCGAAUGAUCAGAGGAUAGUCUCUAGGGAAAGGCGCAGCAUAGAGGUAUCAUAGAAGUCACUUUUAUCGCUGCCAAUCAUGGCGUCGAUGCCUUUAGUAGGGAGUCUACUCGUCAGUAGCGACCUAUACAAGAGAAAGUAUCCCAACUUUGGCGUCUCUGAGCGACUGGUAU